AUGGCAAAAAAUGAGAACGCCACACGCCCUCCGUCCCAUUAUCCUUGCCCGUUCCCUCCCAUUCUCAUGGCAAUGGCCGCCAACCAUCAUCCUUCUCCCACCAUGAUGCAGAUGCAGCACCAGCAAGCGCAGGCGCCUGGCGCCCCUCACGCCGGCCCUUCGAGCCAGUACAACGCCUCGGCCCAGAUCCAGCAGCUCAACGAGCAGGUUUGGCUGCAGAUCGGAAGCUUCUCAGAAAUUCUGCGCGUCCCUGAUGAGGCCCUUCAAGCGUACGAGCGCGCCCUCAUCGCCAACCCCCAAUCCAUCACCGCCCUCAACGCCAUCGGCAUGCUGCUCAAGGGUCGCGAGGCCUUUGACAAGGCUCUCGAGUUCUUUCGCACCAUCGUCGACAUGGACAGAAAUAACGGCGAGGCUUGGGGUAACCUUGGCCACUGCUUCCUCAUGACCGAGAACCUUCAAAAGGCCUAUGAUGCUUACCAGCAAGCCUUGGUCAACCUGCGCGAUCCCAAGGAUCCCAUGCUCUGGUAUGGAAUCGGCAUCUUGUACGACCGCUACGGCAGCUAUGACUAUGCCGAAGAAGCCUUUUCGCAAGUUAUGCAGAUCCAACCCGACUUUGAAAAGGCAAACGAGAUUUACUUUCGCCUCGGAAUCAUCUAUAAGCAGCAACAGAAAUACCCCCAAAGUCUCGAGUGCUUCAAGUAUAUUGUCAGCUCGCCGCCUGGACCUUUGACACAGGAGGAUAUCUGGUUCCAAAUUGGACAUGUGCACGAGCAACAAAAGGACUUUGAUAACGCCAAGGCCGCAUACCAACGUGUUCUAGAUCACUCACCCACCCACGCCAAGGUCCUCCAACAGCUCGGCUGGCUCCACCACCAGCAGAGCAACUCGUAUGAGUACCAAGACCGCGCCAUCCAGUAUCUCGAGAAAUCUGUGAAUGCCGGUAGGUCAUUUAGACGGCCAGUCACGGAUGACCUAAGCCUAACGGAAGCAGACAACACGGACGCACAGAGCUGGUAUCUGCUUGGGAGAUGCUACAUGUCGCAGCAAAAGUACCCAAAGGCGUAUGAGGCUUAUCAGCAGGCUGUGUACCGUGAUGGAAAGAACCCCACUUUCUGGUGCUCUAUUGGUGUGUUGUAUUAUCAGAUCAACCAGUACAGAGACGCGCUAGAUGCCUAUUCUCGCGCCAUCCGGCUCAACCCCUACAUUUCUGAAGUUUGGUACGAUCUCGGCACUUUGUACGAGUCGUGUAAUAACCAAAUCUCUGAUGCUCUCGAUGCGUACCAACGGGCCGCUGAGCUCGAUCCUGGCAACCCGCACAUCAAGAACCGUCUUCAGCUGCUUCGCUCCGGCAACGGUGGUGCUCCUCCCGCCGCUCCUCAGCCUGCUGACGUCCACCCUCAAGCUUAUCAGGCUACCGGUCCUCAGGGGCCUACUGGUCCUCAGUGGGCAGGCUCUUCUUCUCAACCUCCUGCUGGCGGUCCUCCUCCCGCCGCUCAAGGUGCCGGCGAGAACUGGGCUCGCAACCUAUCCAACGUGAACCCGCCUCCUCAGCCACCUAACCCGUAUGAGAGUCGUGGUGAGCCUUUCCGUGGCGGCCCUGCUCCUCCCCUCCAGCGUCCUCCCAGCCCGCAGCACGAUCUUCGCCAGCCGCAACCUGACCAUCGCCAACCGCCGCAAGCUCAGCAACAAAACCCAUACGCUGAGCGACCUGGCCCGUCGCGCCGAGCGUCACCUCCGCCCGUCCACGCAUAUCCUCCUACAUCUCAGGGCCGUGUUGCCAACCCUAACUUUAGCGGCUCUGUGCCCUCUUUGUCGGCGGUACCCGCCGUGACUGCUAACGGCCCACCGCCGCCACCUCCCAACGGUACUGGUCCAUUCCGGCCCACGAACAGCCCCCGGCCCGACGUCCGCGAGGGCCAUGGUCCCUCACCCAAACCUGUCUACCCUGGCCAGGCGCCGCCGCCGCUGCCUCAGUACGCAGGCCAAGGCGAGCCACUCCCACCCCCCGGUGAAAACGGGCAACCUGGUCCCAUCCCCGCGCCGGCAGCUCCCGAAGUGGCAGCUCAGCGUCAAGAGGACCGUCCACCUUCAGUCGGGCCGAAGCGCAUGCGCGAGUGGGAGGAUGAUUCUUCUGUCAAGAAGCAGGCCAACGAGGAGAACCGCGCGCGUCUUGAAGAUUCUAAGCACCGCCGGCCGUCUAUGUCUCCCAAGGAGGGGUUUCGCCGGCCUUCGCCUCGUGGAGAAGAGCGCCGUGAAGAGCCUCGUAGAGCGGAAGAGUCCGGACCCAAGAGCGACUAUCACCCCUCCGAGGCUGCUCACCACCACCCGCAGCACAACGUGGCGGUAACCCAGCUGCCUCCCAUGCAAGCAUCUGUUCCUGCCGAAACUGCGCCUGAAAAGGCCAAGGCAACGGUCAUCCCAAAGGAGGAACCCACGGAGACGAGUAGUGCUCCUCGCGCGCCCGCAUCGUCUGAACCUGAGCGCGCCGCUAGGAAGAUGGAUGUCGACGAAGAUUAUGACGAUGCGCCCGAGGAUGACAAGAAGGGAGCGGCGACGAAUGGUUCCAAGGCUGGCUCUACGACGGACGAUGCUAAACCCAGCUCACCAGCCAGCGCGGGAGCCAAUGGUACGACAGCAGCCCCUGCUGCUGUCGCGGCCAAGUCAGACUAA